AUGUCGCUCAAGUUCCUCACAAAGCGGCGCGAUCGCAAUCGCUCCGAGUCUGCCACGUCCAACGGCACCAAAAACAGCUCUCUGGACAAAAGUCCGGCACCAUCACGUGCCACUCUGCCGUCCUCCGACUCCUUCCUCAGCAGAGGCAGCAAGGCCGCAGCAGCACCUCCCGAAGUACAAGUCAUCAGCUGGCAUCCCGAUGAUCUCCGCUCCGCACGUCGCGACGUGCACAUUCGAUCCAGAGGAGACGACGCUCCCUUCAAAGCUUCGCCGACUCCUGUCUACCAAGCCUUCACCUCCCGCUCUGCGCCUACGUCCCGAUUCAUGACCAAGCCAUCCACCGCGAGAACGGAAAUCGACCACGCUCCUUCCAGCAGCAAUGCAAGCAGCAGCGAUAUCGGACACACUUUCUUCGGAGCCACGGAUUCCCUUGUACUUCGCAAUCACAACUUCAAGUCUCCUCGUCGUCCGCGUCCGCGUCCUGGAACAGCGCCGCUUCCCAAACAUCCCCCACCGGUAACAUCUCAGCAAGACUCGGCAUCGGAAACACCCAAAAGCGAAGACCUCGAGGUCCUCAAUCCCUCUUCGUGUCCUUCGCCACUUUUACAACAGCCAGAGUCGUCCACCCGACCCAGCGUGCCCGUGCGACAUGCUGGGAGACCACGUCACGCAAAAUCGCGCUCUUAUACCUCGCAAGCUGCUACACAUGAUGCGUACGACACCGACGAUCCCUCGAGCUCCUUUGGCCUCCCCUUUUCGUCAAAGCAUCGCAACGCUUCAGUGCAGUCUCUGAUCAGCGUCGUCUCGACGGGAGCAAGAGGUUCAUCUUCAAGUCAGGGUGACAAGUCAACCACCACUUCCGCCGGCAGCUCAUCCGGCUUGCUCUCCCGCAUUCCAAGUCGGCGAAGGACAAGGAGCAAGAAUGCAUCCGUCUCGGACGUGCACGCCGCUUUUCCCCCAGACUUGUCGGCCGAAGCUGAGUCUCAGCCGAGGUUCCGCGCUCGUAGCGAAUCAUUUGGAGCCUUGACCACAAGACUCUUCCGAUCCAAAGACCAAACCAUGCAGGCGCCGACAGCGACAACUAGCCCCAACAAAGCCAGUCGGAACGCCAUCAAGGGCACCGCCGCACCACCUUCAGCUUGGCGAACGGAUGCUAUCGCUCCCACAGCAGCAUCGGGAGACGAUUAUGCUCACGACGCUGGUGGUGAAUCAACGCGCGCUCCUUCUAUGACCUACAGCUCGGACAACGAAGUGAGUGUCGGUCAUGGCUCUUCGUUGGGCCAUGGUGUCGAAUCAGGGCAUCGUGCUGGCACUACAUCUCCAUCAAGGAACCUCAUGUCGGGAAGCUCUAGUGAUCAUUCUGGCACCGCGACAUCACUCUUGUUUGCUGGUCUCAAAGCGCUUGGCGGCGGUGGCGGCAAUGACUCGACCUCGAAUCGUUUUUCCACCUAUUCGACAAAGUUGACCGCUUCGCCAAAGCAGUCUACCGCGCCGCAGUCGCACUUUGACCAUCCCAGCCCUGUUCUCGACUCUCCUCGAGUGUCAGGCCUUCCGCUCCCCCUUGCCACACCCAGCCCUUCAUCGUCACCUGGUGGCACCAUCUUCACCGCGCAACUAUUGAAGCGCAUCGGCCCACCGCCCGUCGGACUGGCUCCCGAGUGCUUCCAUGAGCGCGUCGCGCUCGUUCAAAAUUACAUCUUGAGUCAGGUACCCUUGCCUCCCCUACCACUCUCGCCGCACUCCUUGCCGUCGGACGAAGAUCCGAUUGGAAAGGCUGCAAGUCAACGUCCAUCGCGUGAGUCGAGUCUGCCGCUCGCUUCUCGUCGCAGCAACACCAAUCCGGCCCCAGCACGAUCUUUCAUAUCAUGCGUGCCAAUGGGAAAAGGCGAAUCAUGCGAUGUGACCGCCUCCCUGCAGGAUGAAUUCGACAAGCUCGAAUGUGUGGCCGAACGAGAGCUGGGAAACCUUGUCUCCACACCCUUCUCGCAACAGAACUCUGGUGGCACGCCCGCCCGGCUCGUCGACACCCUACAGACCCUUAGACUGCGAGAGGUGUUCCUGGCAGCCAGAAGCAGAUGCGGGCUUGAUCCGAGUCGCAGCCACUUUGAUCUUCAAAAUUUUGCGGUGACUGCAGAUCAGAUGGCACGGUCAGACUCUUCCCGCAGAGGCACAGCUUCGGCGGUCAACAAGGAUGGCAGUCUCGGUUUGGGACUGCGAGGAAUCACAGCACACUCUCCAGAUAUGGGUCAAGGCAUCCAAAUGAGCCUGAGACCGGCUCCCCGAAGACGAAGGGGAACCGGAUCGGCGGCACAGAGACCGCUCACCGCUCCUGGAGGUGCAGCGCAGCCCAUGGCCUACGUGUGUCCAGACCUCCCAGCGACGGUUCGAAACGACUUUGACGGUGAUCUCUUCACUCCACAAUCAUUCAGCGCCAAACUCUGCGCGAUGCAUCGGCCGCCAACCAGACUACGGUCGAGCAUCUUCGAGGAUGACGAUGGCGACGAUCAAGACGAAGCGCACAACGCAAGCAGCAGAGACAGUAGCGCUACACACCGCAGUGUCGAGUCCGCCUCCAUUUGGAGUGCCGUCGUUGUGCCGGUCAAGAAGCGGUCGCCGGUGAUGGAGGCGUUUGACUUUGUCGAUUCGAUUUGA